AUCUUUUUUCUUUCUCCUGCCGGGAUUCAUGCCUUGCUUCCAUGAAAAAAGAGAGUGGGCCACCGAGCCAUUUAAGAAUUCGCUGUCCGCUGUGCCCAACGCCUCGCUGUCUUUGGUAGUGAUAACCCCUGUUUUCCAGACUUUCUUCCCCGCUGCUUCUUCGAAGUUCAAAUCUAUGAAAUGAAGCGAUAUGAUCUGAGAAUUUUCCCUCAAAUCCAACUAGUAUCACCUUUACCCAGAUAUAGAAUUUGCCUAUUUUGAGCGUUUUCUCUCUCCAAACCUCUCUCACUUCUCACCAAGAAGAGAGAGAGAGAGAGAGAGAGAGAGAGAGAGAGAGAGAGAGAGAGAGAGAGAGAGGGAGAGAGAGAGAGAGCCAUCGCCAUAAAUUUGUAUUUGUCUCUUUGCCCAUUUCUGUAAUUUGAUAAUCUCCCCUGUCUCUAGGUUCUUUACCAAGAGAGACAAAGAGAGGGGGAGGGGGGAUGGGUGUGCAAGAGAAUGGGAAUGGCGAUGGGGCGUUGGCCCUGGCAUUGGGAAACAAGAACAAGUACAAGAGGAUGGAUUCUGAGGUCACAGAGGUAGAUGGGGUCUCGCGUUCUCGCGAAUAUCAUCAUCAGGGAGGGAAUAACAGUGCCAAGUUCGUUUUCGCCUGUGCUGUCUUUGCCUCUCUUAAUUCUGUGCUUCUCGGAUACGAUGUAGGUGUUAUGAGUGGAGCAAUCAUAUUUAUUCAGGAGGAUUUGAAGAUAACAGAGGUACAGCAAGAAGUUCUGGUCGGGAUUCUAAGCAUAAUUUCUCUUUUGGGUAGUUUAGCUGGUGGAAAAACAUCAGAUGCCAUUGGUAGAAAAUGGACAAUGGCAUUAGCAGCUAUAGUCUUUCAAACCGGUGCAGCUGUAAUGGCUCUUGCGCCUUCUUUUGGGGUACUAAUGGUAGGCAGGCUCUUGGCUGGAGUGGGAAUAGGUUUUGGAGUCAUGAUUGCACCCGUAUACAUUGCCGAGAUAUCACCAACCGUUGCUAGAGGAUCGCUUACCUCCUUCCCAGAGAUCUUCAUAAAUCUAGGCAUCCUUCUUGGUUAUGUCUCUAAUUAUGCGUUUUCAGGGCUUCCAGUACAUAUAAGCUGGAGGAUCAUGCUUGCUGUGGGAAUUCUCCCCUCAGUUUUUAUCGGGUUUGCGCUAUUUAUUAUCCCUGAAUCCCCAAGGUGGUUGGUUAUGCAGAACCGAGUUGAUGAAGCGAGAUUUGUGCUGCUAAAGACAAAUGAGAACGAGAGAGAAGCCGAAGACAGAUUGGCUGAAAUACAGCAAGCUGCUGGGAUUGCUAAUUCGCAGAAGUACGAAGAGAAAGCUGUGUGGCAUGAACUGUUGAGUCCUUCUCCAUCGGUUCGACGCAUGCUUAUUGCAGGUUGUGGAAUCCAAUGCAUCCAACAGGUUACAGGUAUUGAUGCAACUGUUUAUUACAGUCCCACAAUAUUCAAGGAAGCUGGGAUCAAGGGUAAUACUCAACUUCUGGCUACUACAGUUGCUGUUGGGUUUACUAAGACCAUUUCCAUCUUAGUAGCUAUAUUUCUCAUUGAUAAAGCGGGUAGAAAGCCCUUGCUCUAUGUUAGUACAAUUGGAAUGACUACUUGUUUGUUUUCUCUUGGCCUUACUUUAUCUCUAUUGGGGAAUGGACAAGUUGGAAUCAUAUUGGCAAUUUUAUCAGUUUGUGGUAAUGUAGCUUUCUUCUCGGUCGGAAUUGGCCCCAUCUGUUGGGUUUUGACAUCUGAGAUCUUCCCUCUGAGGUUACGUGCUCAAGCUUCAGCACUUGGGGCAGUUGGGAACAGGCUUAGCAGUGGCCUGAUUGCUAUGUCCUUCCUCUCUGUGUCUCGGGCAAUUACAAUAGGAGGAACAUUUUUUGUAUUUUCAGCGUUUUCAGCUCUAUCUGUUGCUUUUGUUUAUACUUGUGUUCCAGAAACGAAAGGAAAGUCUUUAGAGCAGAUUGAAAAGCUAUUUCAGAAUGAGAAAGAAUGGCGAGGAGGUGAAGUGGAGCUAGGAGAUGUGGAGCAUCUAGUGCAGCAAAAAUGAGUGGCUGAGCAUGCUUGCUUGCUCAAAUCACAAUUUUUUAACUGAAGGGUUGAAAACCUACAACAAGUUAACUGAAGGAAGUCUGCCAGGAGUCCAUGCCACAGUUGAGUAGAAUUUAAUACACGGGCACAAAGCGAAACCCAGAAACCCAGCCUUCAAGCACAAUGCAAAAGAGAAAGGGUGGGCAUUUUUUUCUGUGAACUACAUUGCUCUUCCAGUCAAAUUCAUUGUUGAGGUUUACAUAUGCCUGCCUGCUUCUGUAAGAUUCAUUUACCUCAAAAACACGUUGAUAUUGAGUUAGAUUCACAUGUAUCCUGUAAAAGUAAUAAAAUAUAUGUAUUGGUUUUGUUCUGCUCCUACUCCACAUCCUGUAGAGUGAGGAAAGCAGGGAGAUAGUAAUUGUAAAACAGUAUAUUAUGUUAAUGUAGGCAAUGAUUCUGCAUAA